UGCUCUGAUGGUUUCUCUAUAUUGAUGCAUCAUUGUGUGUUUACUUCUCUUUAGAAAGAGGUCUAAUUGAUGGAAGAAGACGAAAGAUGCGACAUUGUUAUGUCAAGAGCAGCUUCUUGUAUGCAGUGGAGUCAGUGGCAAUUACUUGAUUCAAUUUUACCAACAGGAGGAUUUGCUCAUUCUUUCGGUCUAGAAGCAGCGGUUCAGACUCGGUUAGUUUCGUCUCCUGAAGAUUUAGAAACUCAUAUCAUUCAUCUGUUGGAUAACACAGCUAGCUUAUUGCUUCCUUUUGUCUACUCUACUCUCAAAUCUCCUGAUAUUGAGACAUGGCACAAACUUGAUGGAAUUCUUAACGCUACUUUAACUAACCAAGUCUCUUCCAAGGCAUCGAUUUCACAAGGAUCAGCGUUGUUUCGUAUAGUUGCUUCAGUUUUCACUGAGAUACCGAAUCUUAAGAUGAUUCGUGACGCUUCUUUGGGCUCCAAAAAUGUAUAUUUCCACCAUGCACCGAUAUUCGGGCUUGUAUGUGGCUUACUCGGUAUGGAUCCCGAGACUUCUCAGAGAGCGUAUCUGUUUGUAACGCUUAGAGAUGUUCUCUCGGCUGCAACGAGAUUGAACAUAGUGGGACCGAUGGGUGCUUCCGUGAUGCAGCAUCGCAUUGCUAUUGUAGCUGAAACAGUUUUAGAGAAAUGGAUGGAUCGUGAAGCUAGUGAAGCAUGUCAGACUUCUCCUUUGCUGGAUGUUGUGCAAGGUUGCCACGGUUACUUGUUUUCCAGACUGUUUUGUUCUUGAUGAAGCAUAUGAUAUAGCCUCACUUGUCCUCCUCAUCAAUGGAAAGAACUGAGGUUACAUCAAUUAGUUCAUCAAAUUAUACUUGUUUGUAGUUUAUGUGCAUAUUGUUAAUUGUUCAUUUGGAUCAUAUUAUGUAUUUGCAGACAAAUCUGUUUUUAAAUAAUUAUUGUUAAUCAAC